GCCAGUCUUUCAAAGGGGGGACUUUAAAAGUGUCUCUGCUACAGCCCAGCCUUCCUCUGGACACUGCUGCACCCUGCAACCCUCCGGACUGUGUGCAAUAUCCAGUCCGCACUUGGAGACCCUGAUCUAUUCUCUGGACACUGCUACUGUAGAUAUAUCCCCCCUACUCCCCUCCCUACUAUCCUCUGCUGGACAAUCUGCUACCCCCAGACUGGAGGGAGGGGGCACUGGCUCAGGCAUACAGGAGAGAUCAGCACAAAAGCAGUGUGGAUGCACAGGAGCUGUGCUGCAAGUUGUGUGGCCUGAGCAGGGGCAGCUCCUGAGGACUCCUGGACGUCUGGCUUUGCAUUUUAUUUCUGUGGCCUUCAUUUGCACCACUGCACCCCCCACCCCACCCUUUCCCCCAUCCACCACCUCCACCCCCCAGGACCACCCUGGCCCAGAGCUGUGAUGACCCUGUCUGGAAGCAGCAGUGCCAGUGACAUGUCCGGCCAGACCGUGCUGUCCGCAGAAGAUGUGGACAUUGACGUGGUGGGAGAGGGGGACGAGUCCCUGGAGAAGGACAGCGACUGCGAGAGCCACCAGGAGCACAUGGAGGAGGACCUGGGGGGCAAGGAGCUGCCCAGGAGCCCCUCGGACAGUGCCAACGAGGCGGAGGGCAAGGGAGAGCAGCAGGAGGGCAUCGCUGGCGCCCAGAGCAAGCCAAAGAGCAGCCUGGUGAAGCCCCCCUACUCCUACAUCGCCCUGAUCACCAUGGCCAUCCUGCAGAGCCCCCAGAAGAAGCUCACCCUGAGUGGCAUCUGCGAGUUCAUCAGCCAGCGCUUCCCCUACUACAGGGAGAAGUUCCCCGCCUGGCAGAACUCCAUCAGGCACAACCUCUCCCUCAACGACUGCUUCGUCAAGAUCCCCAGGGAGCCUGGCAACCCUGGCAAGGGCAACUACUGGACCCUGGACCCCCAGUCUGAGGACAUGUUCGACAAUGGCAGCUUCCUGCGCAGGAGGAAAAGGUUCAAGAGGCACCAGCCGGACACCCUGAGGGACCAGACUGCCCUGAUGAUGCAGAGUUUUGGGGCAUACAGCCUGGCCAGCCCCUAUGGGCGCCACUAUGGGCUCCACCCUGCAGCCUACCACCACCAUGCUGCUCUGCAGUACCCCUACAUCCCCCCAGUGGGGCACAUGCUCCCCCCAGCUGUCCCCCUCCUGCCCUCCAGUGAACUCAGCAGGAAAGCCUUUAACUCCCAGCUCAGCCCCAGUUUGCAGCUGCAGCUGAACAGCCUGGGUAGUGCCACCUCCAUCAUCAAGUCGGAACCCAGCAGCAGGCCCUCCUUCAGCAUAGAGAACAUUAUUGGGGUGUCAGCCGCCUCCUCUGUGGGGGCACAGACUUUCCUGAGACCCCCAGUGACUGUGCAGUCCGCACUGAUGAGCCACCAACCACUGGCACUUAGCAGAAGCGGUGCCACCCUCACCCCCAUCCUCAGUGUGCCCACCAACCUACUGUCCGGGCAGUUCUUGCCCGCAGCGGCCGCAGCAGUGGCAAAGUGGCCGGCCCAAUAAUGCCCAUGAGACUGUAAACUUUACCCCCCACCCCACCCCUUCCCACCCACUGCCUACCCCACAGCUGCAAACCAGAACGAACUGAACGAACUUUUAGUGUUAAACUGUACGAAUCUGGAAUGCAUUCUGUACAGGUAACUGCGAACUAACGAAUUUGUACAUAUUUGUAUCGAGAAAAACAAAUUAUUUACUUAUAUUUGAUCAAUUUUACUUUCUGGGUUUUUAUUUUUUUAAGAAAAAAAUAUUAAUAAUAAUAAUUAUAAUAAUUGUAAGCUAAGAGCACCGAGCUUUCAUUUUUGCUGAAGGUUCGCUCACUUUAUCGAGAAAAAAAAAUGUACAAAAGAAAUUUUAAAUAUUACAUUUUCCAGAAAAUUAAAAAAAAGAAAAAGAAAAUGUCAGUCUAUUAAAUAAAUAAAAAAGUCUGUUUAUAUAUGAAUGGAUAUAUAUGUAUUCUAA